AUGUUGUCAUUAGUUACAUGUACAGCACCAGUCAACAUUGCCACGAUCAAGUACUGGGGCAAGAGAGACGAGAAGUUGAUCCUACCUUUGAACGACUCGCUCAGUGGUACACUGCACCAAGAUGAUCUAAAGACAACUACCACCGCCAUGGCCAGCGAAUCAUUCACCGAGGAUGCACUCUGGUUGAAUGGAAAGAAGGAAGACAUCAACACUACACGUUAUCAGAAUGUAUUGAAGACUAUUAGAUCUCGCGCUACUAAGCUCAUGGAUAAGAAGCAUUGCGUGCAUAUUUGCUCGGUGAAUAACUUCCCAACUGCUGCUGGUUUGGCCAGCUCGGCAAGUGGCUACGCAUGUUUGGUCUACGUGUUGGCACAGCUUUAUGGAGUGGAGGGCGACGUGUCGGCCAUCGCCAGAAUUGGCAGUGGCAGCGCCUGUCGCUCAGUUUAUGGUGGCUUUGUCAAGUGGGUGAUGGGCGAGCACGCCGACGGCUCAGAUUCGCUGGCCGUGCAGGUGGCCCCCGAGACACACUGGCCCGAGAUGAACAUCAUCGUGCUGGUUGUCAAUGACAAGAAGAAGGAGACCAGCUCCACCAAUGGCAUGCAGCUUUCGGCACAGACCAGCCCCAUGAUGAAGGAGCGCUGCGCCACCAUCGUGCCACAGCGCAUGAAGGACAUUGAAGCCGCCAUCCAGGCCCGCGACUUCCAAACGUUUGGCGAUAUCACAAUGAAGGACUCGGACGACUUCCAUGCCGUCUGCGCCACCACUCAGCCACCAAUUCACUACCUGAACGAGACAUCGCGCUACAUCAUCGAUCUGGUGCACAAGUUCAACACGGCUGCCGGCAGCAUCAAGUGCGCCUACACCUUUGACGCCGGCCCCAACGCCUGCAUCUACCUGCCCGCCGACAACGUCAUCGAGGUGCUUGCACUCUUUGUCAAGCACUUUCCAACGUCGGAUCUGGCCGCCUACUACCGCGGCGAUGCUGCCAACGUCGAGAAGAUCGCCAACUACCAGCCACCCACCAACACCCAGUCGCUCUACAGCACACCGAGCGCCGCCACCCAGGAGCUUGCCGGCUCGUUGAAGUACAUUCUUCACACCAAGAUUGGUCCAGGACCAUGUGUCUUGUCCGAGAGUGAAUCUUUGAUUGACCCAAGCACUGGCUUACCCAAGGUCGUUGCUGCUGACCCUUCGGCCAUCAACAACUAA